GUGCAGCUGAGUGUUAGCUAGAGCUCGGACGUGUGGACGAGAGCGGCUCCCAACUUUGAAUAACUCUGAAGAUAAACACUCAUGAAAGAAGUCGGACGACGGAUUGACUUGUUUGCUAAUCUUUUGUUGUUGUUUUUUCAGCCCAUUUUCAUUUGACUUCGCGUUUCAUUUCGAAGACUUUUUUUUAAAGUGACUUCGACAAUUCCCAACAUGAACACCGGGCCGGCGCUGGGAAAGUUCUCCGUGCUGCUGGCGAUGCUUGUCCUGGCCGUGAGGUCGCCGUGUCGAGCGGCCGAGCCCCUGCCGGCGGCGGUGGCGGCGGCACAGUGGUCCGGGGACGACUUCAGGAACUUGACACUACGGCGCCAUCGAACCUGCGUGGAGAACGAGCAGUACCACCACCAAGGCCUCUGCUGCCUCAACUGCCCGGCUGGGACAUUCGUGCUGAGGGCCUGCGAGCGUGACCACCAGCAGGGGGUGUGUUCUCCCUGCGAGCACGGCCACACGUACACGGAACACCCCAACGGGAUGAAUCGAUGUUUGCCUUGUACGCACUGUCGCCAAGACGAGAAGGAGACGGCGUCCUGCACCACCAUGUCCGACACCAAGUGCCAGUGCAAACCCGGAACGUUCUGCGUCUCCGACCAGGCCUGUGAAGUCUGCAAACGCUGUGCCAAGUGUAAAUCAGGCGAGGAGGAGGAGAAGAAGUGCACCCACUCUUCCAACACCGUGUGCAGAAAGCGCCAUACGUCUCCCACCCAAAUCCCGUCCACCCAAACCACGCCCACCCCUGCCCCUGUCUCGCCAGCAAACAUCGUCGUUCCCAUCUUGUGCUGCGUCUUCGUGGUUGUCCCCAUCGUGCUGGCAGUGUGGUAUUUUGUCAUCAAACCGCAUUUUUUUCAACCAUGCGUGAAGAGUCACUUUGAGGCCGACGAAAUUGUGAAGGUUCCCAUCGAUGAGAGUGCCCCCACGGCAGAGGAGUGUCAGAACAGUCGGAACGCCGGCCUGGAGGGGGAGGAUUCCCGGCCGGAGUCGCGACCCCUCCUGCAGGAGACGCAGGCCGGCAUGACCAAGGCCUCGUCUCCCGUAGAGGACGAGGACCGCGGACUGGGGGACAGUCUCCCCAACACCACCAGCUCGUCUCAGACCAGCCUGUCGGCGCUCCCGACUGCAGCCUCGUCCGGGAACAGUCCUCAGGAGAGCCCGGCCGCCUGCAGGGUCACGCCUGCCGCCAUGGUGAGCAUCGGAACGGGACAGGAAAGGAAAGGCACGUUCUCGGCCCGUCCACUCGUCCUUCAUGUCUCUUCACUCUUUCAGGAGGAUCCUCUGCAGCAUCGCUUGAUCCCGCUGCAAGAGUCCGAAAAGUCCCUGAGGAAGAGCUUCGACCUGUUCGACAAACACCUGGACGUGGGGAUCCACAACAAGUUCUUCAGGAACAUUGGCGUCAGCGACAACCACAUUCGCAUGGCGGAGGGCGGCGUGGCGGGCGACAAAGUGUACGAGCUGCUGAAGAACUGGAUGCAGCGUCAGGGCCUGAAGGCCGACAUCAACCAACUGCUGCAGGCCCUGCUGGACCUGGACCAGCGCCGCUCGGCCGAGAGCAUCGCCUCAGAGGCGCUGCGGCGAGGCUUCUACAAACACGCCCCCUGAAGGGACGCCGCCCCGUCGCGGGCGUGUUGAUGCCCUUCGUGGACUUACUUCUUCGCGGCUUGGAGAGCCAGUAGUUUUUUGUUUUUUUUGAUGAGACAAAAAGGGGAAGCCGAGCUGCUCGAAGGACGCUGAACGCCACAGAAAAAGAAGUGAACUCACUGAGUGGCGAGCACAUAAUACACUGGUCUGGCGCGCUGUUAGCGAUUAUGCCAUGCACUGCCCCCUACUGGCACAAUGUAGUCACGCUACCUGUUACACCACCAUGAAUGUUUCCCUGCUAGCAUGAAGUCACUAAACGUUGUCAAAUCACCUUUUUACUCCGAUUGUUACGGAAAAGAACCACGAUGAACCCGGCAACAUUUUAUUUAUUCUCCUAUUUAUUAUUCCGCGCCUUAUUUAUGCCUUUCAAGCAAAACGUGCACGCUCCCUUGGCCUCUAAAAGUUACAUUUCAAUCAGGAGUCCCGCAGCCCAAAUAGUCCACUUCGCUAACCAGUCUCGGACUGCAGGUACGCAUCCUCUUGUCCCGUUUAGCUUCGAUGAAGGAAGUUUCAAACAGUUCAACUUUGUUACUACCAAACGUUAGCUUCUUUGCAAUGAGCCUCAAAGUAUGUGUGUGUGUGUUUAUGUGCGUGUGCGUGUGUGCGCGCGCACACAGAUGAUUGUAGAGGUCCAAUCAGGAACAUGCUAGCUGAAACUGGACCCUCCUCCGCCCACCCCAUCUGCCCUGUACAGAAUGAGUCUACUGUAUUGUGAUGCUCAGUGCUGGCGCUGCCAUCUAGUGGUCGACAAAGAAACUUCACCCUGCAUCGAUCUCAAAGGCUUGGUUGGUCACAUGACUUUUUCAUAUUGUUUUCCAGCUGUGACUUCAUGGUUUGAUUGAAGGAGCAAAGCAGCAGGGCAAAGAAUUCGCUUUCAUUGUUGGAAUCAAUAAAGUUAAGUGCUGUUAAGACUUAAAUGAUGAAAGAUGUCCAUUUUGAUGAAAUGUUUUGUACAGAGACUCCCUCGUGAAUUCUGAAUGUUUGUUUUGUAUUUGAAGAAUAAAUUGCUUUUUU